CUUUGUGUUUGGAACUUCAACAAGAUCUUGAAGAAAAUCAAGUCAUUCCGAAAUCUAACCACCAGCAAGCACCUCAGCAUCGUCGUCAUGGCUUCUCGCGCCGCCCGCACAACUGCCAAGGCUUGGUUCUCGGACCCUGCUACGUAUCCCAUCAUUGCCAUCCUGGGAUUCGCUGGCGCCAUGGCCGUGGUAGGAGGCGUGCGAUUCUUGUCCGUGAGCCCGGACGUGUUGAUCAGUCGGGAAAAGCGUCUCCAAUUGAACUUGCGGUCGGAACAAGAUGGCGCUGCCUUCCGCUCCCACCGUAUCGCGGCGGCGACAUUGAAGCCCAACGCGAUCACUAAAGAGCCGCAGUACCAAGCGUUCAAAGCCCGCAAUGCUUGAACACGCAACUUUCUUACGAUGCGUAUAAAAGUAAUACACGACACAUCCACC